AAUGAUGCAGGUGAACCUCCUGAAAGGGCCGAUGACUUGGCGGCCCCGCCACGACUUAAAGUUCUCCACGAGCAACAGCUCCAGGUGGCCCAUGGCUGCGGCCUCGGCGCCUCAAACCGCUUCCUCACACGCCGGCAGGAAAAGCGCGGGAAGGGCUUCGCGGCGUCUCGCGAGAGGAGAGCGAGAACCCAGCGGGCGCCGCGCCGUUCCUAAGCAACCGGUCUGUUUACGUCUCCGAGUAAACCGGUCUCCGCGCCUUUGGCCAGGUCGCAGAAAGCCCGACAAAAAGCUUGCGAAGCCAGCGCGUAUUGCAGGGGAACCAUCCUCGCUUGGGCUACAGCUAGUUUUAUUUUUGUCUUUUUCCUUUUUCAUCUCGCAUGCCUUAAAAACCCCUUAGGGUUUCUUCUCAACUUCCAGCCAUGGAGCUAGCUCAGCCCAGGGACCUGGAGCAGUACUUGGCUCUGGGCAAGAGGAGGCAUAACGAGUUGUGCAGGCAGAAACGGAUCUUCAACGCCAGGAACAGGAUCAUCGGGGGAGACACAGAAGCCUGGGAUGUUCAGGUUCAUGACCAGAAGAUAAAAGAAGCAACUGAAAAAGCUAGACAUGAAACUUUUGCUGCUGAAAUGAGGCAAAAUGACAAAAUCACAUGCAUAUUGGAAGGCCGGGAAAGGCGAGAUAAGAGAAGCCUCUGUAAAGCCAUCAGUGACUUCCAGCAGCACUUCCAGAGGCCAGAAACGCGCCGUGAAUUUGACCUAUCAGACCCCUUAGCGCUUAGGAAAGAUCUUCCAGCUAGGCAGUCGGAUAAUGAUAUUCGGAAUACAGUAUCAGGAAUGCAGAGAUUCAUGGGAGAGGAUUUAAACUUGUGCGAGAGGAAGAAAUUCCAGGAGGAACAAAACAGGGAAUGGUCCUUGCAACAGCAGAGGGAGUGGGAGAAAGCCCGCGCCCACCAGAGAUGUGCAGUUUCUCCUUGUUUUACUAUCAGGAAAAAAUAUAUGGAGGAAGUCUGUACAAAUCAACCCACUGAAGAUUAUUUCACACAAUUUAAUACACAAAGUCGGUAAUAAUG